AUGGGGCGGCACGAGGAGUCCGUCGGGACGGGGAGGCUGCGGCGGCUGCUGCUGCUGGCGGCCGUCGAGAUGGCAGCGUUCCCGCGGCGGAGGAAGAGGAUGAUGAUGGCGGUGGUCCAGGAGGCGAGGAGGAAGGCGGGAGUUUCCCCCGAAGGCCGGGUGGCCUCCACCUUCGUGCGGGGCUCCGUCGGGGCGGCGGACUCCUCCUCCUCCUCCUCCAAGCCCUUGGCUUUCUCCAUCGAGCGGAUCAUGGCCAGGAGCGAGCCCCGAGCCUUGCCCUUCCUGCCGGCCUUCUUGCAGGGCAAGGCGGCCGUCGAGCCCCCGCCUCCCUCCCUCAAGCAGCCGCAGCCGCAGACCCUCAGCCUCCCUUGCAUGAUCCCCUUCGUGCCCUUAGCCUACGAACCUUUGGCCAAAGCCGAGCCUCGGAAGCCCUCCUCCGGGGAACCGACGGCCCCUUCUUCUUCCUCCUCCUCCUCCUCGUCGGAGCUCCAUCCGCAGCACUACAAGCUGGUCCGCCCGCGGGUGGUCAACCACUCCUCCUUCCACGCCUUGGGCGCCCUGGGCUACUUCGGACGGGGCGCCGAUCCUCCUCCCCUGCCUCCUCCGCCUCCUCCUCCUCCUCCUGCUCCUCCGUCGGGGCUGAGUCUUCACCCGGUGGCUUCCUACUUCCUAAGCAACUCGCUCCCGGCGCCGGCGGCACUCCAAGCCCCGACGGGGACCAAGGCUUACUUGGCCGAGAGGAACAAGCUCCAAGCGCUGGGGCCAGCCGACAAAUACUCGACGGCGGCGGCGGCGGCCUUCAAGGACUUGGCCCAGGCCCAGAUCCAUAGCGCCGCAGCCGCAGCAGCAGCAGCCGCCGCCGCCGCCGCUGCUCACCUUCUGGCCGCUGAGAAGCUGCCCUUCAAAGGCGUCGGGGGCCCGGACUUCAGCCGAGGCUCCCCCGGCGCCAAGCCCAAGGUCUUCACCUGCGAGGUCUGCGGCAAGGUGUUCAACGCGCAUUACAACCUGACCCGCCACAUGCCUGUCCACACGGGAGCCCGGCCCUUCGUCUGCAAGGUCUGCGGGAAAGGCUUCCGACAGGCCAGCACCCUUUGCCGCCACAAGAUCAUCCACACCCAGGAAAAGCCCCACAAGUGCAACCAGUGCGGCAAGGCUUUCAACCGGAGCUCCACGUUAAACACUCACACCAGGAUCCACGCCGGAUACAAGCCUUUCGUCUGCGAGUUUUGCGGGAAAGGCUUCCACCAAAAAGGGAACUACAAGAACCACAAGCUGACCCACAGCGGGGAGAAGCAGUUCAAGUGCAAUAUCUGCAACAAGGCCUUCCACCAGGUGUACAACCUGACCUUCCACAUGCACACUCACAACGACAAGAAGCCCUUCACCUGCCCAACCUGCGGCAAGGGCUUCUGCAGGAACUUUGACCUCAAGAAGCACGUCCGCAAACUCCACGACAGCCACAACAACAACAGCAGCAACAGCAACAGUGGUUCUGCUCCUGCUUUGGCCCUGCCUAGAAGUUCCUCCAGCGAGGAGCUGCCUCCUCUCCACCGUCCUUGAAACUGACUUUCACUGCAUCCACACUGUGGAAAUAAUCUAGUUUGGUAGCAGUAUCAAACCGGAUUAUUUCUCCAGUGUGGACGCAGCAGUGUCCUCCCCCAUCCUGUCUCAAGAACUGCUUUGGAGAAUAAGGACCUUGGAAAGUUGUAUUUAUUGAGCUUGGGGAAGCCCAGCCUGUGGACAAAACCUGCCUAAAGGGUCAUUUUUAAACAUUUCCUAUAGCUCCUUCGGGUUUUGUAAUUCGAAGGGACGGUUCCUUUCACUCCUGAAGAUCCCUGUGUCAUCCUCUGGGUAUACAUAUAUAUCUGGACAUAUACAUCCAUGUCCAGAAGUGGCCCCUCUUUCUCUCAUGAGUGUGUCUGUGUGUGUCUGUGACUUGUUUGUAGGCCUAGAUCAUGGGAAGAUUGGCCCUAGACCAUGGGAAGGCAUCUUGAUGGGAAUGCAUCUUCAUCCCAAGAUGGUGGAGAGGCAUCCUGAGACUUAGAUUGUGGGAAUGCAAGUCUGGAUCAUGGGAAUGCAUCCCCAAUUUGUGGGAAUGCCUCUUGAGCCCUAGAGCAUAGGAAUGCCUCUUGGGCCACCUUCAAGGUUUGUUCCAGGACUCUCUGGUCCCCAUCCGAAAGCAUGACUGUAAAGAGCAUCUCAGCAGCAUCUGUAGUCAGAAGAUGGUUGCAUCCAUCAUCCUUUAGGAGGACAAGCCCCUUCUUUGGCCACUUUAAGUUCCCUUUAGCUCAAAGGUCAAUCCCUGAGGUCAACUAGGGAAAAAAGAGAGACAUCAAAACUGGCAAAGUUCUGUGUAGUUCCCCAAAGACUGCUCUCAAAGGACAACAAUCAUAACUUUGGUGCCAGUUUGUUGCCAGAACAGAAUACAAUGCCAAGGUGGUGAAAACCAAAGUCCUAGCUGUCUGCACAUCAGUGUUGAAAGGGAUUCUGUUGCACUUUCCAGACUAACCGAAAGGAAGAAGUUGGUAGCACUUGGACUUUCCUAGGCUGCAUCUGCCCUGCAGAAACAGUCCAGUUGGGCGUCACUUUAAGUGCCAUGGCUCAAUGCUAUGGAAUCCUGGGAAGCAUAGUUCGCUGUGGCACCAGAAUCUUUAUUACAGUAUUUAUUAUUUCUGCAACGUGGAUGCAGCCCUAGACAUGAGCCUCCUUCCUCAGAUGCAUCCAAGCUAUUUCAGGAAGACACAACCCUGCUGGGCUUGGCUUUGAAGGCAAGCAUUUUUAUCCCAAAGUCCUUAAGUUUCAUAUGACUCUCUUAUUCCCAAAUAUGCUUUGGGAUCAUGGCACACAGUGGUGCUCUAUGUCUCUCCCCCAGCCCUGAGGAUCUAAAACAAGGGCUGUGUGAGUCUGCUCAAAAGAUGCUGCAGUUUUCACAGGGGGGGUUGUUAAAAUUGUUGUUGUUGGCUGGAGUUGUGCAUAGUGGGGAACCAUAAACAUCCCAUGCAACUGCUUUGCCCACAGAAGGCCUUCCUGAGGCCAGAAGGGCACCUGAGCAGUUUGAAACUUUGAAAGCACAGUGCUGGAAAACAGGCCAUGGAGA